AUGCAAGUCAAUGCCACAGAAGGCAGCGGGGCUGCCAAUGGGACCAUGGAACCGUUGGAUUCCAACCCCCUGGAAACUUGUUCAGAGACUGUGACCUAUCCUGAAGUGCUAGAGGAAGAGGAGUGGGGUUCCUUCUACUACUCCUUUAAGACAGAGCAGCUGGUAACCCUUUGGAUCCUCUUUGUCUUCACCAUUGUGGGGAAUGCCUUUGUGCUGUUCUCAACCUGGAAGAGGAAGAGGAAGUCCCGAAUGACCUUUUUUGUGACCCAGUUAGCAAUCGCAGAUUCUUUUACAGGGCUCAUCAACAUAAUGACGGAUAUUAUUUGGCGAUUCACAGGAGAUUUCAUGGCACCAGAUUUAGUCUGUCGGGUGAUCCGCUACUUACAGGUAGUGCUCCUAUAUGCCUCAACCUAUGUCCUGGUGUCACUCAGUAUUGACCGGUACCAUGCCAUAGUCUACCCUAUGAAGAUCCUUCAAGGAGAAAAACAAGCAAAAGUCCUGAUUUUUGUUGCCUGGAGCCUCUCUUUCCUGUUUUCCAUUCCCACCCUGAUCAUCUUUGGGAAAAGGAAACUAGACAAUGGAGAAGUGCAAUGCUGGGCCCUGUGGCCUGAUGAUUCCUACUGGAUCCCAUACAUGACCAUUGUGGCUUUCCUGGUGUACUUCAUUCCUCUGAUCAUUAUCAGUGUUAUUUACUUCAUUGUGAUUCGAACCAUCUGGAUUAAGAGCAAAGCCCAUGAUAGGAUCAUCUCCAAUUGCUCUGAGAAAAAAAUAUGUUCCAGAUACAACCGAGGACUCAUCUCAAGAGCAAAAAUCAAGGCCAUCAAGUAUAGCAUCGUUAUCAUUUUUGCAUUUGUGAUCUGCUGGAGUCCUUACUUCCUCUUUGAUAUUCUGGACAACUUCAGUCUCCUCCCCAAGACUAAAGAGCGUUUCUAUGCCUCCGUGAUCAUCCAAAACCUGCCAGUCCUGAACAGUGCCAUCAACCCCCUCAUCUUCUGCCUCUUCAAUAACAGCCUCUGUCACCCGUGCAGGGAAAGAAAGAAUAUUCGAGGGACUUUCCAAGAAAAAACAGAGAGGCAUGAGAUGCACAUCAAGCCCAAGCCAGAAUUCAUUUAGCAGGAAGCCUGAGGGGAGAAAGGGGGCUCAGUCAAGCAAGCGGCCAUUCCCCUCAUCAGAAGCCCAGGAGCUCUCCACCAUCCCUCCCAUCAUGCGAAAGAACAUGCAUGCCUCCAAUGUGAAACAGCCUGGCUGGAUCGACAAGGCUUGUAUUCAAACGUGGCUCUGGGGCCCGGUUGCCAGUGUGAGGCAGCACAAUUCCUGUAAGUCACAGGAAAAAGAGCCAGACUUCCUCCCAUUCUGAGGAACCCUUUAAUUGGCCUUUCUGCCAUCAUACUUCCUCUUGAACAGAUCAGAGGCUGGGCAGAGAGGAGAGAAGGUGGGAAAGUUGGAGAGAUGAGGCCAAAAAGGGCAGAAGCCAGGCUGGA